AUGACCAUGGAGCUAAAGGUGAUUCUACUAACAUUCUAUAUCUACCUGAGUGUUGACUGUAGACCAGAGGUUUCAAUGGAUGCUAAAAUAGAACGUUACGAUUUUAAUAUACAAGAGCCAGGAAGUUUUGACUUUAGUGUAGCCACAAGUGACGGCUUUCACCACGAUGUUAAAGGACGUUUGGACAAAGCAGGUGGUGAAGAUGAAUCUCUAGUUAUAACAGGAACAUAUUCAUACAUGGCUCCCGAUGGUGUUGUGUAUACUAUUACCUACGUUGCUGAUAAAAACGGAUUCCAACCAAUCGGUGACCAUAUACCACAGUUUAAAGCGACAACAACGGCACCCUAUAAAAUAGAAGAACUGCUAGAAGAUUUCUCUAUUGGCUGUAUUGCAUCGCUUUGUGGCACGGGACUAGGUUAAAAUUGUCUUCUUA